AUGGAUGAUGCAGGUGAGGAUGCGUUGGAGGCAUCUUCGCCCAUCCAAGUGAACAGGUCCACGAUUCAUGGUGGUUAUUUUAUUCAUUAGUUUGUCCCGAGGGGCCCCUGACCUGUGGAGAAGAAUGUGGUGUUUGUUACUGACGUGAGCGGCUCCAUGUUUGGUACCAAGAUGAGGCAGACUGAAAAAGCCAUGAAUGUGAUCCUCAGUGACCUGCAAGCCAGUGACUACUUCCACAUCAUCUACUUUUCUGACACAGUUAACGCCUGGAAUCUGAAGGCCACGAUGCUGAAUAUCCACAGUGCUGAGAACUACUUGGGUCGUAUGGAAGCUGAUGGUUCUAAAUGGAUUGACAUCAACACAGCUGUGCUGGAAGCUGUUUCAGUGGAGAACCGUAGCAACCAAGAGUCUGGGAAAGUCCCCAGUAUGAGGAGAAUUCCUCUUAUCAUCUUCCUGACAGAUGGGGAGCCUAUAGUCAGCCUGACAACACCCAGUGUGAUCCUUCCCAAUGUUUGACAGGUCCUGGGCCACAGGGUAUCCUUUUUCAGCGUGGCCUUUGGAGAUGAUGCUAACUUCCCACUGCUGGGACAUCUGUCCCUGGAACCCAGGUGGGGAGUAAGAGGGGCGGGAUCAGCCUGACGAGUACACGAGGAUGCUGACGUGACCCUCCAGCUAGAGGGCUUCCAUGAAGAGAUCUCCAUGCCUCUGCUAGCAGAUGUGCACCUGGACUACCUGGGUGGCUUGGUUGGAGCCUCCCCUUGGGCCUUUUUCCCCAACUACUUUGGGGGCUCAGAGCUGGUGGUGGCUAGCCAGGUGCAGCCAGGAGAGCAGGAGCUGGACGUCCACCUGGCAGCCCAUGGCCCCGAGGGUCAGUCACUUGUGGCCCACCAUUGUGAAGGAGUCACAAACAGCAGCCCGAAGGACUUUGGUUGCGGGGCGGGGGGCGGGGGGCGGCGGGGGUAAGGGGGACUCCAUGCAUCCUGCUUUAUCCACCACUUCUGGGCCUAUGUCACCAUUGGAGAGCUGCUGGGAGCAUGUUUCCGUGUCAGUGACAUCACCACUCGCCACCUGCUCGCUGCCAAAGUCCUCAACUUAUCCCUUGGACACAACUCUGUCACACCUCUGACUUCCGUGAUCAUGGUGCAGUGCAAGGAAGCCAGUGAGGAGGCUGGGAGACAGUCACCCAACACAUCUGCGCCAGGCACUAUCACACCGUCCUCCAGCAGAGGCCAUGGCCUAAGAACAGGCACAGCACAGCCAGCCUUGAUGCCCAAGGUCUCCCUCAAGUCAAGGCCUGUGAAAGCAACCUCAACUAUUAGUACCUCUACAAAUAAGAUGCCCAGUUCCGAGGAGCUGGAGCCACAGAGUCAGAGCUCUAGUUCCCUAUCAGCCUCACUCCACUUAAAGCCCCAAACUCCAGCACAGCAAGUUUCUGGUACCUUGAUCCAGCCAACUCUCAAGGUGAAACCUGUUGCCCUUAUGCCAUCAAACUCUACUGUUCUAUUGCCUCUGAAGCCCAGCACUCCAUCACACCAGGAUCUUCAUAUUGUAUCUUCCUUGGAUUCUGAGACACACAUCCCACCUCUGAAUCCUGGCAUCCCAAACCAGGCCAAAGCUAGAACUAUGAAACAUUUUACUCCGCAGCUUCCCAUACCCGGUGCUCCAUCACAACCUAAAUCCAACACACCAUCACACCCCCAACCUGGGCUAUUCACAUCACAGUCACCCAGCCUGACAGAGUCCAGAUCUGGAAUCUCCACACUUCAGAUCCUCAAACACUCACCAUGCACCAGAUCUAAGAUUCCUGCUCUCUAGACCCCAAACAACUUGCCACACUCUAGACCUGGAAUCCUGUUGCCCAGGAGUCCUAAAAUCCCUUCACCUCUUAAACCCAGUGCAUCACCUCAAUAAACUUCCACAAGCUUAUCAUUUCCCAAGCUUGGAAUCCCAACCCCACGUACACUGAAAACCCUGCCAUUCCCUAGACUUGUCAAACCCAGGCCCCCACCUCCUCAGAGCCUUGGCACAUUCCCAAACACGGUCUCAAGUCCCAAGGGUCCCAGCAGUAACAUGACUGCCUCUGUCCUUGGACAACUCCUCCCCCCUCCCUUUACCCCAAGGAUGCUCUCUGCGCCUACUGGAAGACUCUGGCAUCAGCAAGAUCUGCCACUUGGGCCCCAGAGCACCAGGCAAGUUCCGGGACCAUAGCCAGGAGCCCCAACAAUUGCCCCACCCAAUGGCUCCAGACCUUUGCCAGAAGGCAGACUCCCAAACGUGCCAAACUUGCUGCCUUCCAGCACCCUACUUGAGGCCAUCAGUGUUCUCCUUCUCCCACAGGAAGUAGAGCUGCUGUCUGAGUCAAUGAUGGAGUCCAAGCUCAUGGAGUCCUUGAACCCACCAGCUUUCCAUACCUUUUUCCCUCCUGACAAAGAUGGAAGUCCACACUGGGAUGGUGAUUCUGAGGAGAUGCUGAGAGGGCCUGGCGACAGAAUGGAAUCUCAUGGAAGUUCUGUGAGGCUAGCAAAAGGCAGUUUGCCAAAUAUCUUCACCUUCUCAUCCUCUGGUAAGCCGCACUUUGUGAUCCACAUCCCACACUCAGGGAGGAUCUGCUUCACACUGGAUGGACAUCCAGAGGACCUGCUGCAGCUUAUAGAGGACCCAAAGACAGGUCUACAUGUGAGUGGACAGCUGCUUGGGACACCACCACCAAGACCAGGCCACGAAGGCCAGACUCUCACCUACGUCCAGAUCAUCACAGUCACUGCAGACAAACCCCGGGCCGACAUUAUCACCACCAGCCAUAUCUGUGGUGCCAUCUUGUUCCUGCCCUGGGACCAGCCUGCGCAACUAGAGCUCCCCGUGGCUGCUGAAGCCCACCUCACCUUCCGUCUUGGACCCUACCUUGAGUUCCUCAUCCUCCGGCGCUGCUACAGGCACCGCAGCACCCUACAACUACCCUGCUUGGGAUUCUAUGUGGCCAGUGGCUCAGGCCUCAGUCCCACAGCAAGAGGAAAAGUCGGGCAGUUCCAGCACACAGACAUCCAGCUGAUGACAGGGCCUACCGGGCCUGGCCUGCGGAGACACCACAGGCCAGACAUGUCUGUGGUUCUAGGCAAGAGGCUGCUGAAGGACCCACCAAGGCGGCUGCCCUACUGGGCUUCCUGCUGGCCAGGGAAGCACUCCCAUGUAAAGCAGUUUCUGGGCCAGCCUCACCUGGCCCGUGUUCUGUGA